GAGGCCGGUAACCACUCCUUCACGUCCCCGUCCCUCCCUCCCGGACCAGUGUGGGGAUGAGCAGGACGCUGUCUCCUUCCCUGCUCCCUCCAGCUUAAACCCUACCCAGCUCCUCAUCGGAUGGGUUGGUGCCACAGACUCACACCCACAAGGAGGAGGAAGGCUUUGAGCGAGGCUGAUCAUCUCGCCGCAGGUUUUCCUUCCAGAGUCGUUUUUCUCGGGACCGAGUCGGUGCAAUGGCGGCGCCUGGUCAGGAUGACUGCACCGUGCGGGUGGCUGUGAGAAUUCGUCCACAACUGGCCAAAGAGAAGAUAGAAGGAUGCCAUAUUUGUACUUCAGUUAUACCAGGAGAACCCCAAGUUGUUCUUGGAAAAGAUAAAGCAUUUACUUUUGACUUUGUUUAUGACAUGGACACUCAGCAAGAAGAGAUCUAUCUGAAGUGUGUAGAACAGCUUAUUGAUGGCUGCUUGGAAGGUUAUAAUGCCACAGUUCUAGCCUAUGGGCAAACAGGAUCAGGGAAAACGUACACAAUGGGGACUGGAUUUGAUGUUAACAUCACUGAUGGUGAGCUUGGUAUAAUUCCACGUGCUAUCAAACACCUUUACUAUGGUAUAGAGGAGAAAAAGCGUGCUGCUAUUGAACAAGGGCUACCACCACCAGAGUUUAAAGUCAAUGUGCAGUUUCUUGAGCUUUAUAAUGAAGACAUUCUUGAUCUCUUUGAUUCCCUUCGUGACCUUGAGGCAAGCCACAAAAAGUCAAACAUUAAAAUCCACGAAGAUGCAAAUGGAGGAAUUUACACUGUUGGAGUAACAACACGUAUGAUAAACACAGAAGCAGAGAUGUUGCAGUGUCUAAAGCUGGGAGCUCUUUCUCGCACAACUGCCAGCACGCAGAUGAAUGUUCAGAGUUCUCGCUCUCAUGCUAUUUUUACAAUACAUAUAUGCCAGAUGCGUGUCUGCAUCAAGAUGGAUAAUGAUGAAGUGAUAGAUAACAAAGUAAUUAGUGAAUCAAGAGAAAUGAACGAGUUUGAAACCCUCACGGCCAAGUUCCAUUUUGUUGACCUCGCAGGUUCAGAAAGACUGAAGCGUACUGGGGCAACUGGAGAACGAGCAAAAGAAGGAAUUUCAAUUAAUUGUGGUCUUCUGGCCCUUGGAAAUGUCAUCAGUGCACUUGGCGAUAAAAGUAAGCGGGUAACUCAUGUGCCUUAUAGAGACUCGAAAUUGACCCGAUUGCUGCAAGAUUCCUUGGGUGGCAAUAGCCAGACUGUUAUGAUAGCCUGCAUUGGUCCGUCAGAUCGUGAUUUCAUGGAAACUUUGAACACGCUGAAGUAUGCAAAUCGUGCACGAAACAUCAAAAAUAAAGUGAUGGUUAACCAGGACAGAGCAAGUCAACAAAUCAAUAUACUUCGUAGUGAAAUAGCACGACUCCAGAUUGAACUUACAGAGUAUAAGACGGGCAAGAGAUUAAUUGGAGAUGAUGGUGUGGAGAGUAUCAAUGAUAUGUUCCAUGAAAAUACUAUGCUGCACACUGAAAAUAAUAAUCUGCGAAUGAGGGUAAAAGCAAUGCAAGAGACCAUAGAAUCACUGAGAUCAAGAGUAACACAACUUCUGAGUGAUCAAGUCAAUCAAGUUCUCGCCAAAUCAGGAGAUGGAAACGAUGAAAUCAGUGCAAUGAUAAAGAAUUAUAUUAAAGAAGUUGAAGAUCUCAGAUCAAAACUAUUUGAGAGUGAAGCCAUGAAUGAAAACCUUCGUCGUAACCUUUCAAGGGCUUCAGCAAGACCUCCAUAUCUUAAUGGUACUUUUUCUGGUUCAGUUCUUGGUUCAGACAAGGAUGCUAUGGAUGUCUUACAAAUGGCUAAAAAGGACUUGGAAAAGCUCAAGAAAAAGGAAAAGAAAAAGAAAAAAAGCGUAACUAAAGAGGAGAAUCUGAAUGAAGGGGAGAAGCUGGAAGAGAAAGAUGAGGAAGAGAAAGAAAAGAAUGACUUAGAAGAGGAAGGUCAGGAAUGCAGUGAUCAUGAUGGGGAUGAAGAAGAUGCUGAAGAGGAUGAGGUUGAAAUAAGUGAAAGUUCAGAUGAAUCUGAUUCUGAGUUAGAUGAAGAAGCUAAUUUUCAGGCAGAUCUGGCUAACAUUACUUGUGAAAUAGAAAUUAAGCAGAAGCUCAUUGACGAACUGGAAAAUAGCCAGCGACGACUACAGACACUGAAGAAGCAGUAUGAGGAAAAGUUAAUGAUGUUGCAAAAUAAAAUUCGAGAUACCCAGCUGGAGAGGGACCGUGUUCUGCAAAAUUUAGGUUCAAUGGAAUCUUUUUCUGAAGAAAAAGCAAAUAAAAUUAAAUCGGAAUAUGAAAAGAAGCUUCAGGUUAUGAACAAAGAAUUGCAAAAGUUGCACACUGCCCAAAAGGAACAUGCCCGUUUACUAAAAAGUCAAUUACAGUAUGAAAAACAGUUGAAGAAACUACAGCAGGAAGUAGGAGAAAUGAAAAAAACCAAGGUCCGUCUAAUGAAACAAAUGAAGGAAGAACAAGAACGUGCUCGCAUGGCAGAAUCGAGGAGAAACCGAGAAAUUGCUCAACUGAAGAAAGAUCAUCGCAAGCAAGAACAUCAAAUGAAACUCUUGGAAGCUAAGAAACGGCAACAAGAAAUAAUCCUAAAACGAAAAACUGAGGAGGUUACAGCCCUUCGAAGACUUUCUAAACCUAUGUCAGAUAAAAUAGCUGGGCGAGUGAGUCGUAAACUGAGUUUGCCAGAUCCUAUUUCCGAGUCGUCAUCUCAUGCAGGUUUAUCUGAACAUGACCGAACCUUGAACUUUGGCGGUGUGCAGAAAGGGAGAGCUGUUGCUUCCCGAACCUCGACUCCUCCAGCAAAUGGGAGCUUCAGAAAGAAGUUCCAGAGGAAAAUUACAAGUACAUAUGCAUCAAGAACAUCCAGAAUGAAAUGGCAGUCACUUGAACGUAGACUUACUGAAAUAAUUAUGCAGAGAAUGACUAUUGCAAACAUGGAAGCCGAUAUGAAUAGACUUCUCAAACAACGUGAAGAUUUGACGAAAAGGCGUGAGAAGCUGAAUAGACGGAGAGAUAAAUUUGUACAGGACUGUGUAGAUGACAAAACAAUCCAUAGCAUUAAUGAAGAAACAGAAUCACUUUGUGCAAAUAUUGACUAUGUUAACGAUAGCAUUUCAGAAUGCCAAGCCAAUAUAAUGCAGAUGGAGGAAGCAAAGGAGGAAGGAAGAACAGUAGAUGUUUCAGCAGUGAUCACUUCCUGCUCUUUGACAGAAGCUCGCUACAUGUUGGAACACUUUCUCACAAUGGUUAUUAAUAAGGGUCUCCAAGCUGCACAGAAGGAAUCUCAAAUUAAAGUUCUUGAAGGAAAAGUAAAGCAAAUAGAAAUUAACAGUUCGACUCAAAAUCAACUGCUAUUCCACAUGUUGAAAGAGAAAGCGGAAUUUAAUCCAGAACUUGAAGCUUUGCUUGGAAAUGCUUUGCAAGAACUAGAUAGCAUACCUAUGGAAGAAGGAGCUGAAAGUAGUGAAGAAGAAAAUGUAACUAGUCCUGGAACAGAAGGCAGCUCACUGACUUCUGACCUUAUGAGAGUAGCAGGUGACAUCAAACCAAAGGAUAAGGCACGAAGGAGGACAGCUACGCAAAUGGAAUUGCUUUAUGCUGACAGUAGUGAUUCUGCCUCAGACAUAGUUACAGGAGAUCUUGCUCUGCCUGUGCCAUUAAUGCCUGUCGCAGAGGUGCAAGAAAUUGAGAAGGACGUUGGGACUUUGCAGGCUGAUGCUGCUUCAGCUAGGGAAAAAGAGAUCAUACCAUCACCAUCUGGCUUGCCCCUUAGACUUGGCAGUAGCAUUUCUCGACCAUCAUCAGCAGCAGAAAGAAAAAUACCUGAAUCUUCACCAUUAUCCAGGAGGAAGUUGUAUGACAGAGGUAACCUGGCAGGAGAGAAAUUGAAGGUUAAAGAACAAAAAUUGUCAGAUGAAAGCGACUCCUCUCCUUCGGAGGUACAAAGGGGUAUAAUUAACCAGUUUCCCAGCUCCAAAGCUAAUAGGUGUGCACCUCUUUACUGUACUCACGAGGCUGAAGGACACAGCAAAGCAGUGCUCUGUCUAGAUGCUACAGAUGAUCUUCUUUUCACCGGAUCAAAAGAUCGGACGUGUAAAGUAUGGAAUCUUGUAACGGGGCAAGAGAUCAUGUCACUUGGUGGGCAUCCUAAUAAUGUGGUAUCAGUCAAGUACUGCAGUUAUUCUAGUUUGGUAUUUUCUGCUUCUACAUCUUAUAUUAAGGUGUGGGAUAUCCGGGAUUCUGCUAAAUGUAUCCGAACACUGACGUCAUCGGGCCAGGGGUCGAUGGGGGAUGUUUGUGCAAACACUAAAAAUAGAACAGUUACCAUCUCACCUGGAGAAAAUCAGAUAAACCAAAUUGCACUUAACUCCACAGGCAUGUUCCUCUAUGCUGCUUCUGGUAACUCUGUGCGAAUGUGGGAUCUCAAAAGGUUUCAAUCAACUGGAAAGUUGACUGGACAUCUGGGCCCAGUUAUGUGCCUUACUGUUGACCAAACUGCAAAUGGACAAGAUUUGAUUAUCACUGGGUCCAAAGAUCACUACAUCAAGAUGUUUGAAGUAACAGAAGGUGCCAUUGGCACUGUAAGCCCCACACAUAAUUUUGAGCCACCACAUUAUGAUGGAAUUGAAUCGCUCACGAUUGUAGGUGACAGCUUGUUCAGUGGAUCAAGAGAUAACGGAAUAAAAAAGUGGGACAUGGCCCAGCAAGAGCUCUUCCAGCAAGUUCCAAAUGCUCACAAGGAUUGGGUGUCCGCCUUGGGAAUUGUCCCAGGACGGAUGUCUCUGCUCAGUGGCUGCAGGGGAGGCAUCCUUAAGCUUUGGACUGUAGACAGCUUUUCACCACUUGGAGAGAUGAGAGGCCAUGACAGUCCCAUCAAUGCCAUUUGUACCAACUCUACUCACAUCUUUACUGCUUCAGAUGACCAAACAGUGAGAAUUUGGAGCACUCGGAGACAAUCAGAUGGACAGCUGUUGGAAACUGCAGAAAUAAACGAUGAUAACAGCAGCUGAACACUACAUAGAGUAAAGCAACAUUGGCCAUUGGUGUAUAGCACUUUUACUGUGAUUGGGGAAGCUGUUCUAACUGACCUGAAGGCACCUGGAAGCUUUAGUGUUUAAUUGGUUCUGAUCAGUCGAAUUCAUAGCAUCUCUUUUCUCUGAUAGCAUCACAGUACCAUCAGAGAAAAGAGCAACUAGAUAAUAUACCUAGCACUUGACUGAUUUGUGUUGUGUGAAUAGAAAUUGUGAAAUGCUUUUCAUUCUGCAGAGCUAUUCUUAAUGUAUUCAGUCUGCAGUAGCUUUCUGAGCAGUAAGGUUUGCAUCAAAUAGCAUGUCCAGCAAAUAGUUCUAUGCAGCUAAUGGGAAUCGUUAUGUACUUUGGUAUUUUCCCAAAAGGUUUGUGCAGAUUUUUUUGAUGCUGCAACCAUGUCUGUACUUGUAUAUGGAGUUCAUUUCUAGUUGGAAAUAUUGCUGUUGCAUUACUUUAAAGAUAGAAUUUAGCAAUAUCUAUUUAUACAGCAGUAUUCUCAUUCUAGCAAAAAUCUUUGAAGCAGAAUUGUCUUGCACUGUUUGUGGCAUACUCCCAUUAUAACAUUACUGUGUUGUCAUUCACUGUUCAGGCCACACUGUUUAUCUCAUCAGCCUGCUUUUCUUUCAAGUAAGAGCAAAUUGCCUUUGCAGUUGAGUCGUAAAAAUGCUGCUGUACGAAUAUUGAGAAAUAUGUGCAUAUGUUGCAUUCAGUAACGGUUAAUUGGACAAUUUCAUCUGGAAUGGAAAUGCACUGUAUAUAGUGAGUUUGAGAUGAAAGUGUUAAUUUGUACCUGGUUUAUUUCCAGAGAUUGUAGAAUGUAGAUAACUAAAUGGGGAUAUAUUUUAUUUAACUUUAGAAUUUGAUUGAUAGUGAUUUUACCAAGCUUCUGAAAUUUUAUGUAAAUAACCAAGUUGAAACGGAUUUAGGUUUUAUUUGCUAUCUCUCAGGCUGCUUGUAAACAAUUAGCCAAAUAAAGAAAUGUGUGCUCAA